AUGGAAGGAUGGGACGAGGUUGCUCGGGUUCAGCUCCCGCCCCCGGCUGUUCACGCUCUCCCGACUCGAGUCACGACGAUGGUGUUCGAUACCAUACAGGCACUCCUCUGGGCUGGCAAUGAAUUUGGUCGGGUCACUUCCUUCGUCGGCAACGACCUGCAACAACACACUUCCUUCAAGGCGCAUCAAGCCUCAGAUGGCCCGGUCCGGCAGAUUCUUGUCAACAGCAAGGGCGUGCUGGUGCUGGGGGCCACCGAUGUACACAUGGCGCAGAGAGGAGGGCCCCCCAUCUGGCAUCUCAGACACGAGGAGAUGAAACAGCUCAGGUGCAUGACCUUCACAUCCAAAGGCACGGCCGAGAUUCUUGUUGCCGGCCUUCAGAAAACGAUGCUUGUUAUCGACGUCUCUAAAGGAGAAGUCGUCAAGCAGGUCCCGACGGAGCGUCAGUACUCCAUCAUGAGGCGUGGGCGAUAUAUCUGCGCGGCUACGGAGAACGGAGCAGUCGACCUCUUGGAUCCCGUCACCUUUGCGCUUGUCAAGACAUGGAACGCCCAUACGGCCAUGAUCAACGACAUGGACGCACAACACGACUUCAUCGUCACGUGUGGCUACUCGCUGCGUCAGGGCCAGAAGUACAUGCUGGACCCCUUCCUGAACGUAUUCAAUAUCCGGACAAUGUCUUCCAUGCCCGCCAUUCCGUUCCCGGCCGGCGCCGCAUACGUGCGGAUGCACCCGCGCAUGCUCACAACCAGCAUUGUGGUGUCGCAGACUGGCCAGAUGCAUGUGGUGGACCUCAUGAACCCCAAUACCAGUAACGUGCGUCAGGCCAAUGUCAUGAGCUACCUGGGCAUGUUUGAAAUAGCUCCCUCGGGCGAGGCUAUAGCUCUUGCCGAUGCAGAAUGCUUCAUCCACCUCUGGGGAUCGCCAACAAAGAUACGCUUCGUGGAUCUACCUGCUCAUAUAGAAUAUCCCCAUAUUGAGGCACCGGUCCCGCAGCUCGAAUGGUCACCCGAAACCCCUCUGAAUUCGAUCGGCCUCCCGUAUUAUCGAGAGGUCCUUGCCUCGUCUUGGCCCGAGCUGCCCUCGGAUGUCGGUGCUCCGCCUGUCAAGUUCGAUGCGCAAUUCCUUGCCAGCCUCAACACGACUGAGUCGGCGCUUUACGGCCGCAACACUCGGGGCCUCAAAAGGAAUCAAGUGGAAGACACUCGCAGCAUACACAAGUCGGCCAAGUCCGGAAUCAAGGCGCCGAAAUUCCUUAGUGAACAGGCUAGAGACCUUGCCAAAUCGGAAUCUUCCAGCGCCGGAGAGAGGGUAGACGAGCUCGCAUUUCCUCUUUCGGAGAUGAAUGUCGGAUCAGACUUGCCCAUGAUGUAUAGGAACGUCGAGAUCAAGUACAGCAAAUUCGGUGUGGACGACUUCGACUUUGGGUAUUACAACCAAACGCGAUACUCUGGUCUCGAGAUUCACAUCUCCAAUUCUUACGCAAAUUCGCUGCUUCAGCUCAUGCACUUUGUCCCCCUGAUCCGGAACAUUGCUUUAAAGCAUACGGCUACCUCCUGCAUCAGUGAGACUUGCCUCUUGUGCGAGCUCGGUUUUCUCUUCGAUAUGCUCCAGAAAGCAGAAGGAUCCAUCUGCCAGGCCACCAACAUGCUCAAGACCCUCAGCCGGCACCCCCAAGCUGGACCGCUAGGUCUUCUCGAGGAGGAGGAUGCCCACGCAUCGUCUUUGCAUGCCAUGCUGCAGGGGCUGAACCGGUUUCUCCUCGACAGAAUUGCCGCCGACUACGCGACUAUGGCCACGGCUCCCACUUCCCUGGAGGAGACAUUGGCGACAAUGGCCACCAGCAACAUCAAAUGUGCCACUUGUAAGGGUGAAUGGAAGCGACCUGGGUCGACCUUUGUGAACGACUUGCUUUAUCCAGCUCCCCGACCCCCUGGCCGGAAUGGUAGGACACCACGCACCACUUUCUCCCAGAUCCUUAAGAGCAGCGUGGAGAGAGAAACUACCCAAAAGGGAUGGUGUAUCGGAUGCCACAAGUACCAACCCAUGUCAACGAGAAAGACGAUUCACAGCGUUCCAAAGGUGUUGAUGCUCAACACUGCAAUCACCAGCGCUGACCACCGAGCGCUUUGGUCCACACCUGGCUGGCUACCUGAGGAAAUUGGCAUCAUUGUCGAACAGGGCCAAUUCUUCUGCUACGAAGGAGAAGACCUCAAGCUCCACUUGCAGCGUGGCAUUCACAACAUCACAGUCUACUCGCUCAUUGGAAUGGCAAUCAACAUCGAGAGCGGCCAGGGACAGAAGCCGCAUCUCGUGGCCAUGGUCAAUGUUGGCCACGCGGAACCCGAAGCUCCUGCUCAAAGCCAAUGGCACUUGUUCAACGAUUUUUUGGUGCGCCCCGUGAGCAGGGACGAGGCUCUUAGCUUCAACACCACCUGGAAAUACCCUUCUGUUCUUGCAUACCAAGUCAAGGCGGCUAAUAACAAGAUCGACACUGAAUGGAAGAAGAACAUUGAUACUUCGAUAUUGUAUCAGGAUCUUGGACCCAGUCCUCGGGCGGUGACCAAAACUUAUCAACUCCUUGACCCUGCAACGGAGCGGCCAGGACCAGGCACUAUCAUCGCGCUGGAUGCUGAAUUUGUGGAAGUGCGACAGCCAGAAAUUGAAAUGAACUCGGAUGGCGAACGAGAAGUAAUUCGACCUAGAGUGCACGCACUCGCGCGCGCCUCUGUUGUCAGGGGACAAGGCGAAAAAGAGGGUGUCCCCUUCAUCGACGACUAUAUCUCUAUCAACGAACCGGUGGUUGACUAUCUGACGUCCUUUUCGGGCGUUGUUGCGGAGGAUUUGAACCCAGCCACCACCACCCACAGUCUACUGCCGCACAAAGUGGUGUACAAGAAGCUUUGGAUACUGCUCAACUUGGGCUGCACAUUCUUGGGCCACGGGCUCAAACAGGACUUUCGAGUCAUUAACAUCCACAUCCCCAAGGCGCAAAUCAUCGACACAAUCGAGAAGUUCUACCUCAAAUCGCGCCUGCGAAAGCUAUCACUUGCCUUUUUGGCGUGGUACUUGCUCAAGGAGGACAUUCAGAUGGAGACGCACGACUCCAUUGAGGACUCCAGGACGGCCCUCAAGCUCUACAAGAAGUACCUUGAGUUUCAAGAUGCCGGAAUUUUGGAGACUAUGCUGCAGGACAUCUACCGUGCUGGCCGGGACGUCAACUUCAAGCCCCCUAAAAGGGACGGCGGCGACGCUUCCAGGUCAGUCACACCACCCGCCCUGCCGGGUGCGGAGAACGGGGGGACUCCAACCCCCACCCAGGUGCCAACCACCCCGGGCAGAGUUGGCUUUAACAAUGGCGGCUGGACACCGGGCAAGGCUUCACCUAUGAAGUGA